UCUGCUCUUUGCUUUCACUCGCAAAGCGCAAACACUCCCUUUCGCCGUGUUUUUUCUCAGCGAAAAAAUCCCAAAAAAUUUCCCACUGAUCUCUCAAAUUCCCACUGUUCUGUUCCCCAUUGCAUGGCCUUUCUUCUACGUCGAUUCUUCCAUUUUCAUAUGUGAAUUUCUUCUCUGUUUUUCCCCUUUUUGAGAAUCUCCAUUUCAGUUUCAGAGAUUUGGAAAUGAUUGAAGCUGUGCAGAGUUCCAUCAAUGGCGCUUUCUCGCAGUUUCAGAGCUGUGGGGAUAGCAGCGAGGAGGAGCUUUCGGUUCUUCCUCGCCAUACUAAGGUCGUCGUUACCGGAAAUAAUCGGACCAAAUCGGUUCUCGUUGGACUUCAUGGCGUCGUCAAGAAAGCCGUCGGUCUUGGCGGCUGGCAUUGGCUGGUUUUAACAAAUGGUAUAGAGGUGAAACUACAGCGGAAUGCGCUUAGUGUGAUCGAGGCUCCAACGGGCAAUGAAGAAGACGAUGAACUCGAAUUCGAGAACUCGACAUGGAAUGGAUUGGAUAUGGCAUCUGAUGACGCCCAAAAAUCCCACAAAUCAAGGCAUAAAUUUCACAAAUCAUGUGGGUCAUCUAACAAGACUAUAAGCAGAUCGCUUUCCUGCGACUCACAGUCAAAGAGCUCGGUUUCUGCACCGCAACGAUCCAUGAGGGUUGACCUUAGUAAACUAGAGAUGACUGCAUUGUGGAGAUAUUGGCGACACUUCAAUCUCGUUGAUGCCUUUCCCAACCCGUCGAAAGAGCAAUUAGUAGAUCUAGUUCAAAGGCAUUUCAUGUCACUGCAACUGGAUGAGUUGCAGGUUAUAAUGGGUUUUGUGAAGGCUGCAAAGAGACUGAAAACAGUGUGCAAAUGAGAGGAGAAGAACUGGGGAAUCCUUUGAGUUGAUUCUCAUGCUAACAGAUAAUUCAGGUGAAUGAGAAGUGUUUAGGUUCUCUCUGUAACAUAUGGAUCGAUCGAUCGGAAAUGGGUUUUGUGGGUCGAGAUCGGAACGGGUUAGUAUGAUUCUGUUGUAGUUAAUAGAGUAAUAUCUUGUUUUAGUGACGAUGUUACUUGCAGUGUAGAUAUGUGUAAACUGCAAAUAUUAGAGACCAAAAAACAUGUUUCUAAGCUUUUGUUUAAUGUAAUGCUGACUGACUUUAGGGGUGUUUUGAUUGCCCAAAAAAUGUACAAAUUUUGCUGUUCCAUAUC